UUGACCAGGUAGCACCAGUACCUGUGCGGCGGUUGUUGUUUUCCUUCGGGUUGUGGGUGGCAGUAUCACUGAGCAGCAGAGCUUAUCAGUCUCCCCCAAAAAAAGCGACAAAAUAUUUGAGAGCUAGAUCAGCACAGCACGAACUUCACCUAAAAAGCCAGUGCUUCGUAAACAGCGGCAGAGACAGAGCAGACUCGGUUCGGGUUCUGCGGUUCGGAUUCUCCGGGUAUUUCUACAAGGCGCAAAAGCGGCGCGAUCUCAAACCGAAAGCAGCCGUAGACCGUAAACCGUACCCCGUAGACCUGUCUCCUCGUCCUCGAGGUGUCUGUGGGAAAUUCGCGAAUAAAAAACACAUCAGAAUCAAUCGAAUUGGAUUUGCAUUAAUUGCAAAGUGAAUGUGUGAAGUGAAUGUGCGAGGAGAUCGUGUGAAACAUGAGCAUAUAAUUUGACAAGCCAACAAAAUCGAAUCAUUUAGCAAGAGGCCACCGAAAAGAUCAGUUCAGAAAACCCCCCCAAUCGAGUAGGAAAUUUUAACAAAAAUUCAACAUGAAGGACCUCUCGCAGGGCUUGUGGAUUACUUUCGUCUUUGGAUACUGCAUCUGGGCCUGUCUGGGUGCCAACAUCUUAGCCGUUGACGAGGAAGAGUGUCCUUCUAUGGUGAAUGCCUCUAGCCUGCAACAGACCCAACUCAUCCAAAGAUUGACCCACGUCUGCCGGUAUGAUCGCCUCGAAAGGCCUAUAGACUACAAUUAUACGGCGCAACCUGUAAAACGCCUGCCCAUUGUCGUAAAGACAAGGAUCUAUGUAUACUUCCUGCAAAAUCUGAACUCGGACCUGCUGCAAUUCAAGAUGCACGCCCUCCUGCAGCUGAGUUUCCAGGACAAACGGCUGGCCUACAAGGAGUUCAACCGCUACGACAACAUCCUGGGCCAGAAGCACCUGAGCGAACGCCUCUGGCUGCCACACAUCUUCUUCUCCAACGAACGCGAAUCCAGCAUCCUGGGCACGGACGAGAAGGAUGUCCUGACCUCUCUGUCGCCAGAGGGCAACGUUAUCAUUUCCACCAGGAUGCAGGCCACCCUCUACUGCUGGAUGAACUUUAAAAAGUUCCCCUUCGAUCAGCAAUUUUGCUCCACUGUCCUGGAGAGCUGGAUGUACAACACCUCGGACUUGGUUUUGGAAUGGGAGGAGCAUAUGCCCAUAUCCUUUGAUCCUGAGAUGCGCCUUACGGAGUACAAUAUGGCCAGAUUUUGGCACAACACCACCUUGGUUGUUUCGGAUAUAGAAAAUCUUCGACAUGGAGCUUUUGUGGGAAACUACAGCUCUUUGAGUUUUACUGUGAAUCUGAAGCGGGAGAUUGGUUUCUAUCUGCUGGAUUACUACCUGCCCUCCAUGAUGAUUGUGGCCAUUUCCUGGGUAUCCUUUUGGCUACAAGCUGAUGCCUCGCCACCCCGAAUUAUGCUUGGAACCAGCACUAUGCUGUCGUUCAUCACACUGUCCUCGUCGCAGAGCAAAACCCUGCCCAAGGUUAGCUACAUCAAGGUGUCGGAGGUUUGGUUCCUGGGAUGCACUUUCUUCAUCUUUGGCAGCCUGGUGGAGUUUGCCUUUGUGAACACAAUCUGGCGGCGGAAGGAGAACAUUGAACUGAAGAAGGUCAACAGCAAAUACAUCAUCAAGUCCACGUUGACCCCGCGACCCUCGCGACGUCAGAUUGGCGGCAGUCUGAGCAACGAGUCCCGGGCCAGAUCCUGCUCCAGUCUGGACAACAUAGUCUCGAGCACGGAAAGUGUGCGUAACGGCAAUGGAACUGUGAAUCCGGGCUUCAACAACUACUUAACAGUUCACCCCAACUUGCCCAUCAUCAAAACCGAGUGCGCCGACACAGUAUCCAUUUGCAGUGAACGAACCAGUAAUGACCACAUCGUGGACAUAGACAAGGACAAGGAGAAAAAGGAAACUCCUCCAACUUUCACCACGAUGACCCCGCAGGAGAUCGCCAUGUGGAUCGAUCGGCGGUCCAGGCUCCUGUUCCCCUGCAUGUUUCUGGCCUUCAAUGCCCUCUACUGGACCUUCGUGUACGUGUUAUAAGAUUUUGACCCCCGGGUCGCCACCAAUGUGAAAUCUUGUCUAUUUGUUAACGCAAAUAAUUAUUAUAUUGUAAGAUGCAUCAUCUCAUAGUUGUACAAAUGUUGAUCAUUUAAAAUUAUAGAAAGAACAUACUAAAAUAUAUAUUCCUA